UGUCAGUCUGCCUUCCGGUUUCCCCCUGGUACGCCUGCCGAGCGCCGAGCCACCGAUAGCGAUGGCUGCCAUGAGUCUCUGAGGAAUCCCGGAGUCCCGGAGUCGCGGCCGGAGGUCGAGAUUAGACUGCCGGCAGCGUUUCGGAAACCGCAGAGCCUGAGGGAGGGCGUCGGCCAGCUCGGAGCCGCCGCCAAGAACGCGGCGGUGGCUGAGAUUCCUCCUGCUAAAGAGAGGAAACCUCAUCCAAGGCCACAAUGUCACUUCCCAAUUAUCCCUGGGCUGCCUGCUGAAGCUAACACUGCCAGAAUCCUGCUACCUUGGGAGGAAUCAAGCUGACUUGACAUGAGGUUCUUGCUUUCCUGGGCUUGAGAGAAGCACAACUAUGGCUUCUCUUGAUGACCCAGGGGAAGUAAGGGAAGGCUUCCUGUGCCCUUUGUGCCUGAAAGACCUUCAGUCUUUCUAUCAACUUCAGUCACAUUACGAAGAAGAACACUCAGAAGACCGUGAUGUCAAAGGACAAAUUAAAAAUCUUGUUCAGAAGGCGAGGAAAGCAAAGAACAAGUUGUUGAAACGUGAAGGGGAUGAUCGAGUGGAACCAGGGACCCAAGGAUAUGAAUCAUUCAGCUAUGGAGGAGUUGAUCCUUACAUGUGGGAACCCCAGGAGCUUGGUGCUGUGAGAAGCCAUCUUUCUGACUUUAAAAAGCAUCGUGCUGCAAGAAUUGACCACUAUGUUGUAGAAGUCAACAAAUUAAUAAUCAGGUUGGAGAAGCUCACUGCAUUUGACAGAACAAAUACUGAGACUUCAAAGAUUAGAGCAAUAGAAAAGUCGGUGGUACCUUGGGUCAAUGAUCAGGAUGUCCCUUUCUGUCCAGACUGUGGGAAUAAGUUCAGCAUCCGAAACCGCCGUCACCACUGCCGUCUCUGUGGGUCUAUCAUGUGCAAGAAAUGUAUGGAGCUCAUUGGCCUGCCCUUGGCAAAUAAGCUCACCAGUGCCAGCAAGGACUCUCUGAGCACCCAUACCAGCCCCAGCCAGUCACCUAACAGUGUCCAUGGCUCCCGCCGGGGCAGCAUCAGUAGCAUGAGCAGUGUCAGCUCAGUCCUGGACGAGAAGGAUGAUGACCGCAUUCGCUGCUGCACACACUGCAAGGACAAGCUGCUCAAGAGAGAGCAGCAGAUGGACGAGAAGGAGCACACACCUGACAUCGUGAAGCUCUACGAGAAACUACGACUAUGCAUGGUGAAAGUUGACCAGAAAGCUCCCGAAUACAUCAGGAUGGCAGCAUCUUUAAAUGCUGGGGAGACGACCUACAGUCUGGAGCAUGCCAAUGACCUUCGAGUGGAAGUGCAGAAGGUGUACGAACUAAUAGACACUUUAAGUAAGAAGAUCUUAACCUUGGGCUUGAACCAGGACCCUUCACCACAUCCAAACACUUUGCGGCUACAGAGAAUGAUCAGAUAUUCAGCUACACUAUUUGUGCAGGAAAAGUUACUGGGUUUAAUGUCACUGCCAACCAAAGAACAGUUUGAAGAACUGAAAAGGAAAAGGAAGCAGGACUUGGAACAGAAGAGGACCAUGGAAAGACAGGCUGUUCUGGAGGCCCGGAGGAAGCUGGAGGAAAAGCAGAGUGGUCUUGCAGCCAAUGGGGAAGCGAGGUGUCUCACAGGCAUCCCUGCUCCCUUGCGAAAAGCUGAGGGCUGGCUUCCCCUGUCCGAAGGUCAGGGACAGAGUGAAGACCCUGACCCUCUCCUCCAGCAAAUCUACAACAUCAUGUCCUUCAUCAGGCAGGCCAAGGCUGCAGGCCGCACGGAUGAGGUGCGCACACUUCAGGAGAACUUGAGGCAGCUGCAGGAUGAGUAUGAUCAGCAGCAAACUGAGAAGGCCAUUGAGCUGUCCCGGAGGCAGGCUGAGGAGGAGGAGCUGCAGCGAGAGCAGCUGCAGAUGCUCCGCAGGCGGGAACUGCAGCGAGAACAGGAGCAGUUCCUGGCGGCAUCCCUGCACACACGGACUCGUGCUCUAGAUCUCCGAGAAGUCAUACCCUUCCAGUUGGAGUCCAGCCGAGGGCCUCACAGUGAUCUUGCCCGUGUCUUGGAUCAGGACUCCUCACCAGUUCAGGGCAGCACUGCUGCUGAUACCGUGUCACCUGGUUCAGCUCUGGCACCCAUCCACUUGUGGUCUGGGCCCCCAGCCCAUGACCAGGAAUUACUCCUCCAGAACACCAUGUCACAACAAAGUGGUAAGAUCUCUCUCAACCCGUUUGAUGAAGAAGACCUCUCCAGCCCUGCAGAGGGUACUGCCAGCCCUGCUGCUGCAGAUUCUUUCCUGGGCUCUUCAGCUCCCGUCACCAAAGAAUACAAUCCUUUUGAGGAAGAUGCUGAGGAAGAGGAAGCAGGAGAGUUGGGAACAGGGAAUCCCUUCACUGACCCAAAUAGUCCAUCACCCAACCCCUUUGAUGAGGAUGACCAUCCCAGGCCUGCCAGCCCACCUGCCCCUGGAAACCCUUUUGAGGAGUGCCCCUGCAUCAACCCCUUCGAGGUGGACAGUGACAGUGGCACAGAGGCUGAGGAGCACAUUGAGGAGGAGCUGCUCCUGCAGCAGAUUGACAACAUCAAGGCUUACAUCUUUGAUGCCAAGCAAUGUGGUCGAAUGGAUGAGGUUGAGGUGCUGACAGAGAACCUUCGGGAGCUGAAGUGUACCCUGGCUAAGCAGAAGGGGGGCCCUAACUGACAGCAGUGGGCAGGGACUGGGCAGCAGGGUACCAAGGGGGAGGAGGAGAUAGGUGGCCAUCUGGAUGCACACAGUGAGGGGUGGGAACAAUAGUCUCUUGCUGUGCACUUUGAGGCGUUUCCACUAUAGUUGAACAAGAACAGAAAACAAAUAGGCAUUCAUUUGCUAGUUUUUCUGUAUUAUUAUUAUUUUUUAACAGAGUGUUCCCUUUUCAGGGGACGUUACCAUUUUAUUUCUGAGAUACAGCUCAGUGCAUCUCUGUUGGGCCAAGGCAGAAUGCCUGCUGGGCACCUCUUGGUCCGUUUCAUGCUGACUAUUCUUGGUCUUGAUGCAGUAUUAUAGGUCAGCCCUUCACGGGCCUCUUCCUGUAGCCAAGACAGGUAGGGACUCUAGCAGAAGUCUCUCAGUUUGACUGCUCCUUUCACCACCUCCCUUCUUGGGCUGUCUCCUGGACACUUAGGGAGAUGGCUGCUCUGAAGGGAAGUCCGGACCAGGGGGCCUAGUGCCUCUUUUAUGAAUGGCGGGGAUGUUGCCAGUGUUGUCCCCUCCCAGUUAAAGGAAGUAAAGUUUCCAAGUGUAGGGGUGUCAGUGUGAGCUUGAUGAUGAGAUAGGAGUGACCAGCUUUUUGGUGGAUGUUAUGGUUUGGCAGAAUGGCCACUCUCUAGGUCACAUUGAAGGGCCUGUGGUAUGGAGUAUCAGCAGCAGAUGGAGUACUUCUGAAUCAGGAGAUAAAUUCCAGUAACUUCAAAGACUCUCCAGUCAGGGUUCUUCACUGUGAUUCAUCCAUACCUGGGAAACUAAUGGUGUUUUCUUUCUCCUUUGAGUACUGAGAAAGAGAAAUAUUUGAUACACAGUCUCAGAUCAUUCCAUAGUCCUGAAGUACUUGAACUCUGAUUGGGACAGAAAGGGAAAUUAUGUAGCUUAGUGCUUUGGUUUACAGGAACAGAUGGCUUGACAGAUGACAUUGUGAGAUCUUAGUGUGCUGAGCUCUGUGUAGUCUCUUCAGAGAUGCUCUUUAGUUAAUGGACAAUAACUGACCACUAGUCACUUUACCCCUGAGCCAUAGUUUCUGUUGGUUAUUGGUGUAGGCUGAAAUUCUUUUGUCACAUUCUGGUGAAGAUCUAUCUUGGUGGUAAGAUUGGCAUCUAGUGCAAAGAACUCUAUUUUGGCAGCUGUUCAUUAGUACCUGUUGGGGUUUGAUUGGGUAGAAAGUCCCGUUUGGGGCUGUGGGGAGGGUUGGAGAAGGAGGGUAAUGGAGAAGAACUCUUUGGGUUCUGUCAGCAGAUGUUUACUGAACUAUGAGUGUAUUACCGCUAGUCAGUUGCUAGCUCUGGUGGUGUCUUGGGUUGUUCUGGGAGGUGGGCAUCCUGGCAUCCUGGGCAAGCCUCUUCCCUUGCUAAGGCCCUGGCUCUAGAUGCUGUUGCCCUUGGGUUCCAGACAUGGCCAGCAUAUCCCCCCUGCUUGGACUGCCUUUUGUCUGAAGGAAGAAGAGGCAGCUCUCUACACAGAAUGAAGCUAAAUACUGGUCCCCACAGCCACUUUUCCUGACAUAGAUCAUGUGUUCAGGGUGGUAUGGCUGUAGACAUUGCUUUUCUUAAUUAACUGGUGACUCACUAAAUAUACUCCUUUCCUGAACUCACCUCCAGGUAGCAGUCUGUGACUGAGAUCAUGGAGAAAGCAGAUGCUUCUAACAACUAUCUCAAUUCACUGAAUAUUAAACCAAGUAAACAGACCCCAGAGGUUUCACUGAGUUUCUCAUUGAAUUCCUCUUUGACCAUACUCUGUAAGUAGGAUAUGACGGAGAUUUGUCUACCCUUUGGCUGUAUUACUUCCUACAAUUUAUGUAGGCCAACCAUAUGUAGGUAUGGUUUGCAGAGGGGUUUGGCCUGUGAAUGUAACUACACAGUGUACCUUGUGUGAAUACCUGAUGAUUCCAGAGGUGCUUCAAGGGAAACAGCUCCACCUGCUCAAUGAAGGAGCGCUUCCUUGAUAGGAAGUUGGCAGGUCCCAUAGAUGGAGGUCACAUUCAUCUGUGGAAGGGCUUCUGACUUUGUCCCCUUCUAACACACUGCACUUACUGCUCAUCAUGUCUUUGUUAUCAGAUGCUAAACCGUCGUCCUUUUAAGUCAUCAUGAGCCAUGUGACAUAGCUAGGCCAUUUAAUUCAAAUUGAGAAGUUGGUCUCUGUACUAGGUUAGACUGGAGGAACAGGUAUGUUGAUAAUAAUGGUGGCUGUCAGCUUGAUGGUCAUCAUUGAUGCGCAUGCACUACACUGGGGCCUUGUAUCAGAGGCUUCUAUUAAAAAAGUAAAAUAACAUGUAUGUGUUUUAUUAAAAAAUAACACGUUUGUGG